CGACACCGAUCAACCAACCUGCCGCGCACAACGGUGAUACACUUUCGCCAUCAAAUUGCAUCAUUCAAACACUUUCCUGAAAGUUCUUCUGCAUCAAUCUGUACCGCAGCAUAAGAAGGAGCAUCGUAAAAGGAAGGAUAUAGAAAAGCACGCAAUUGGUACGCAUAUAGUGGCUCUCGCUGUUUCGUCAGCACGCACGCAGGCACGUAGUGGCCGUGUUUUGCUGUGACGUCAUCCGCAUAGUUGGACAAGUUUGGGUAAGGACGUAGGGUAGGCAGGAGGACUCACAAUCGUAUGAUGCGGAAAGCUCGUCGCUGAUUGGUCGAUGGCGAGUGAUCUGAUGAUGUUUUCUUUGGCCGCGGUCGGCACGCCAGCGAGCAUGAUGUUGACGUCGUAGUCGUAGGAGUGUAGUUACGCGAGAUGAUGUGGAGUGUACGACGUAUGUUUGACCUUCGUCUGAACCAACGCGUUUCGGGUGUCGGAAUUGUUUUAAGGUCUUGAAAAGAAGGAAAGCAUUUUCACAACAUAAGCUGCAGCCGUUUUUUUGUAACAUAUGUGAGAAGGGCGAGCCGUAUGUUUAAAGCAGAAGCUACUGGGACUGUGUGAAAUUACUUGGCGGGAAGCGCAACGUGACGAGAAAACGAACGCCGCGGAGUGAGUGUUUUGGUUUGCGUUUGAAUCCCUGCUGGUCCCAAGCACGGCGCGGCUGGUACCGUCACAGCAGUACCAACAGGCUGCACCAUGGAUCAGGAUCGGGCGUGGAGCGAUCCGUUCCAGUCACCGGGAAUGUUCUAUCCCAAUUCGGUGUACAAGGAGGACGAGCUGGACAUGAACGACAUCAGCGAUAUCGGCGACAUCACCGAUAUGUAUCAACUGAACGAAGAGAAGCUGAUGAACAUGAUGGGCGAGGACUUUUUGAGCAACUAUAGCUGGGACGAACCGAUGGGCGUUACAGCGGCAAAUGGCCCCAAUAAUAACAGCAGCAGCAGUAACAGCAGCAGCAGCACUGCUGCACUGGCUACAUCCGAUUCGAUAAAGGAAGAGGAGUUCGGCAAGGUGGAAGUAACAGCCACGGUUCCGGGUGGUGCGUUCCAGCCUGCUGCAUCGAGCAGUGAACUCACCUUUUUGCCCCUGGCUACCACACCCGAACCAGUGCUAGUUAAAAACGAACCAGUGCCGCGUGAGGAAACGUUGCCCAACUUGAAAGUCCAUCGUGUACCAAUACAACCUGUACGGCAGCCGCAGCAGCAGCAACCGAUUCUGCCAGCAACAAGCACUACGCUGCAACCAAUAGCGCCGCAUCUGUUGGAAGCACAGCCGCAGCAGCAGCAGCAGCAGCAGGUUCAAGUGCAAUCAACAUUGGCGAAUCAUCAUGUGGCCGCCGGUACGCCCGUCAUUUUGACGCAAAAUCGGCCGACCAUUGCACCGGCGCCACCGUCGGCUGCUACGGCAGGCAGUGCACCGCAAACGAUCCUGGUACACAGUACCCGACCAGCAACCAUCGGACACCACCAUCCGUACGCGAAAAAGAUUGCACCAGCGACCGCGCAGACGCUGCUGACGAAUGGUAUGGCGAACGUGCGGGUACAAAAUCUGCUCGCCGCGGGCAACGGUCAACCUCUGGGUGUGGCGACGGGUUGUGGCAUGCAGCAGCUGUUUGCGCUGCAGACUGGUGACAAGCAGCCAGUGUUCCUGCAGACCAAUACGCCGCUCAUCUAUACGAACGCUCACACGCUGACGGCGGCGGCAGCGGCCACGACGACUGCAGUCGCUACUGCCAGCGGUGACACGUUGACAGUCAACCCAGCAAACCAGGCAAAUCUGCACACACUGGUCAACACGCUGAGUGGACCGAUUCUAACGGCUGGCAUUCCGGUGAUGCUGGAUGCACCGCCGCAGCCGCAGACGACGCCUAUGCUAUCAUCAGCCGCGGGCGAUGGCCGCGUGCCCAAGAUGCAGCUGAACCGACUGCAGCCGGCCGUGCCGAAGGUCAAGGAGGUGAAGCGGUCGGCUCACAACGCGAUCGAGCGCCGGUACCGGACUUCGAUCAACAGUUGCAUCGUCGAAUUGAAGAACAUGGUUGUUGGGGUGGAUGCGAAACUCAACAAGUCAGCGAUUCUGCGUAAAGCGAUCGACCACAUCCGCUACCUACAGAAGCAGAAUCAUGCGCUCAAGCAGGAGAACAUGGCGUUCAAGUUGCGACUGUCAUCGGAUCAAAAGCAAUCGCUGAAGGAUCUGCUGGUGGCAGCAAACAGUGGCGGUGCCGGUGGAGAUCUGCUAACGGGCCCUAUCACGCCGCCGCGCAGCGACGAGUCGAACCCGUCAUCGUCGCCUGCGCACUCGGACUCGAACUCGAUGCCACCGUCACCAUACGGUGGAAGCGGGACUCACUCGUCCGCCUCGCCCAUCGGCGACGAGCUUCUUGACGAUGAAAUGAUGCAGCUGUCCAGUGGAUUACCGAUGGGCAUGUCGUCGCAUGCCCGGCUCACCCUCUGCAUGGUCAUGCUAACUGUGUUCGUGGUCAAUCCGUUUGGCAGCCUGCUCUCGCUCACCGCAUCUGGUGGGUUGCUGCAGGACGACGAUGGCGAUAGCGGUCCGACUGGGCGUCGCAUUCUGGCGUUCGAGGAAUCGUUCUCCUGGUCACGUCUUUCCUCCUCAUUGUUGCUGCUGCUCGUCAACUUUCUCUUUCUCGGUGGCUGUUUAGUGCGGAUGCUAGUGUACGGCGAUCCAAUCCUGUGGCCGCGUACGAGCUCCUCCAACGAUUACUGGCAGCACAAGCGCCAGUCCGACCUCGAGUUCAAACGGGGCAAUGCGGCCGAAGCGUACCGGGAGGCAAAGCGGUGUCUACACGCGUUCGGUCUCUCGCUACCGUCCACCCGUCUCGAAUGCCUCUCAGCUACUGGUUGGCAAUUCGUGCGCAUGUUCUUCCACCGGCUAUACAUCGGCCGAUGGCUAUCGCGCCGAACCGGUGGCUUGUUUAAGCCGGAAGCCCAGCGUCGCCACGCACUGCAUUCGGCCCGCGAGCUCGCCCUGCUGUACCAUCGGCUGAACCAACUGCAUCUCGUCACCGAUCAGCCGGACGCGAAUGGGCUAAUGAUGAGUCUAUGUGCGGUCAACAUGGCGGAGGCAUCGGCAUCCGUACUCUCCAUCGACGAUACCAUCGAAAUCUAUCUGUUGGCGGCGCUACGCGUCAAGCGUAGCUACCCUCGCCUGCUACAGUACUUCUGCCGUUACUACCUGGCCAAGGCACGGGAGUUGGCCAGCGAUCAGGCUGGUAGUGUGCGGUUCGGAUGGCUGUUCACCGCCUACGGCUUCCAAUUCGUGACGGAGCACCAGUUCCGGUACGAGGAACGCGCCGAACAACACGAAUCGAGUGCCGCUCCCUUUACUCGGCUCUGCAACCGUGCUGAUCCUAUCGAGUAUGUGAUGCGCUCGUACCGCCUGCACCUGUUGCAGCGGGCGUUGCAGGGAUUAGUCGGCUCAGAUCCGGCCGGUACUCGCACACAAUCGAAUGCCCGCGGUGCUGGCAUCGAACUCGUCAAGGAUAGGAGCAAGGAGCACGGUGGCAAGUUGGUCGAUGCAGACGGUGAUGGUGGCGUUACCGGUGCUGGUGCCGGUGCCGGAGGAAGUACCGAUGACGACAAACCGGCCUCAUCGGCCAGCGUCUCUGCCUCCACAUCAUCUACCUCGUCGGCGUCAUCAUCGGCCUCGUCGUCGUCGUCCGAGACUAGCAGUCCGAACAGCGAGAUCCUGCACCUGACUGCCCUGCUCAAGGAUACGCUGGUCCGCUCCGAGAAACCUAUCGCGUUCUCUGCCUGUCAAGUUCACGGAUCCGACUGUCUCGACCAGCUGGCCCACUGGUGGUCGAACCUGUUGAGCGUGGCCGCCUAUUGGCUGCUCGGCGAGGAGGGCGAUGAGCUUGUUGAAUCGCUGUACGCCCAAGUGGAGAGCUUCCCGCUCGAGCUGCAGAAUUGUGAGGAUCCGCUCCCCCGAGCCCUGCUCGUUGCCUUCCACGCCAAACGUGGACUCAUUACGAAGGCGGACGAGUGUUGGUCCAUUCUAGAGGACUGCAACGAGAGCAGCCGCUACCUGGAAGAUAGCCUGACCGGCAAUCUCUGCAAAACGCCCAGCCGUCUUAAGCUUCUUGCUCAGCUACUGGCAUGUGAUUGGUUGCUCGAAUGCCGGACGACGCUGUGGGAGCUUGAGACGGAUAUGCGCUACACGUCGCUACAUGACUAUCCGCCCCGCACCGUACCCGGUCCGGUGCUAGCCGCGUUCCAGACCGACCUAAACCUGCUACGGCUGGUAACGAGCAAGUUUCCGUUGGCCCAGUCGCGCGUGUACCUGUACGAGGCGAUCUGCCGAUUGAUGGCCGGUGCGGCACCUGGUCCCACCCAGCAGCUUCUGGAUCGGAGUCUUCGCCAGCGCAACUGCCGCUCGUCGAUGAUCUGCGGCAAAGAUCGGUCCGGGCAGCUCGAGGGUGGCCGUGAGCGGGCCGCUGCCCUAUACGUCGCCUGCAAGCACCUUCCCGCCCCCUGCUUGUCGUCGCCUGGUGAGCGGGCCGGCAUGCUCGAGGAGGCGGCCAAAACGCUCGAGCGCAUCGGCGAUAAAAAGCGUCUGCAGCAGUGCUAUCAGCUGAUGAAGUCGCUUAGCAAUGGCAGCGUGACAAACUAGAAGGCGUAGGUCAUCCAUCUAUCACCCGAUAGAUUUUGACAUUUUUUGUUUUUAUAUUUAUGUUCCUUUUGCUCAGAGGAAACUGAGCAAAAAGGUAGGUUAAGGAUUGCUUUUAAGGAAAAAAAUAUGUUCUAUUUUGGAUGUGUGCAACUAAGUAACGGCAGUUUUGUUUUUGUUCAAAGGGCAAAUGAAUUUAUUUUUAUAUUUUUUUUUUCUUCAAAUCACGAGCGCCAGCUAUAAUUUUUAGCAAUCCUUCUACCAAAAAUUUAUAUUAUUUUUCGAACGAUUUCUUGCACUUUUAUGCAAUCUACAAAUCAUGCAGUGUUUAGAUUUAAUUAACUAACUUAAAAAUGAACAAAUCAACAAUUACAAUUGGGUGGAUACUGUUUAUUUAUCACAGGCUCUAGCUGGUUUAAGUAUGGUAUGGAUAUGUUCUAAUCCAGCUCUGCACUCUCUUUGUAAUCCGUGUAAUCAGUGAACCGCCCGUUACUUAGUUGCUAACCUAAUAUGCUCCUUUCAGCUAGGCGCUAUUUGAGCAGAAGUUAGUUUAGGGAGUCUUUUUAAGGAUAUAUUAAGCUUAAUGUUUAAUACUCGUUUGUCAGCAAACAGGUUUCUAUGUUUGGUUCCUUAGUUGAUAAUUUUAGUAACACCAUUCUACAAGAGAGACUUCAAGAAAAAUCCUGCGAAAAUGUUGAGAAUAACGAAACACAGCGAUCAACUCGUGAAACCAAACGUUUCAUUUGCGUAUAAUACUUUAUUUACUUUAUGAGUUGUUUGUGCAUACUACUGCUAGCUGAUAUGGUUGCUGCAAGGAUCUUAUUGCUUAAGCGCAUCCAUCUUUAUACGAUCGGUUCCAUGGUAUUUCGGCUCCUUGCUUGUGCUAUUCUAUUCAACUAGAACUUCCAUCAUCAAACUCGGCCACAACCGUUUAGCAAUGAGCCCUUCGCCACUUUUCUACACACCCACGCAUACGAACACAGACACAAGCACUUACAAAACUAAAUUGGAAAUGAACGCAAGCGCAUGAAGGAAAUAAAAAUCAAGCUAUGGCAAUCCGUUUGAUGUUCAGAUUUCGAGUAUGAUCCCUC